AUGUCACAAAUGACUAGAAAGGCAGGUUUCCAAAUUACCGACAGUCGAACACGAGACAUCGAGGAAAAGAAAGUCGAUCUACCUGCGGUAGAUAAUACAGAAUCAAGGAAACAAUUGAUAGCUCGUAUCGAGCAAGUGACUUCAUCUGUGAUCCAACAAAUAUGCUCCGGUCGUUUACCACAAAUUUCGAACUCACUGUCAGAAAAUUGUACACCAGUAGACACGCAACAGGACGAUGAUUUCGUAUCAGAAUUUCACGAAGAGCCGGGUCAGAACUUCGAUGGAACCGAACGAAAGGAAACUGGAACAGUGGCCAACUUUGGUACCAAAAGAGGCAAAGACAGAUUCGCUUUAAUGAUGAUCGUGAUGGCCACAGCGCAUCGUUUGUUAAUUACAAACUCGACCAUCACGAGACGAUCGCUUUAUUACAAUCUGAAAAACGACAGGACGUCGAAUUUGGUGCCAGAACAGAGAUAUCUGGAUCAGGCGGUGCAUCACGUCGCCAAUUUACUAAAUUGCUCGCCAUGGGAGCUCAAUUUACUGCCAACGUCAAAGGGAUUAGCAGCCGGUGAAUUGACGCUCACUCUGUCUGACAAUCGUGUUAUCGAUUGCACGGUGCCUGGAGGUGCUCUUAUUCCGCACAUUGUGUCGAAUCUAAUUUCCGUUCGCACCACGGCCAAAAUGGUACUGAUUGUCGAGAAAGACGCUGUCUUUCAAAAAUUGUUAGAGGAUGAUUGUACCUCUUCCUUGAGUUGUAUUCUCAUCACGGGCAAGGGAUAUCCGGACGUGGCCACAAGAAUGCUGGUUAAGCUGCUGUCCGAGAAAUUGGAACUUCCGGUUUAUAUAAUCGUGGACGCGGACCCUUUCGGCAUGGACAUCAUGUGUGUUUAUCGUUUCGGCUCGGCUGCGUUAUCCAGAGAGAGGAAGAGCUUGGUCUGUUCAAACGUACGCUGGCUGGGAAUACAUCCGUCGGAAUUGCUCGCCCUUGGAGUGAAUACCGUUCCCCUCACGGAAUUCGAUUUAUCGAAACUGAUGGCACUCGAAGCCAGGCCUUAUAUGACCGGAGCGUUUCUCAGAGAGCUUGGAAUCAUGCGAGCCGGAAAGGCGGAGAUAGAGAACGUGUAUUCCUCCUCGGGAAGAUUCCUAGCGGCCACCUAUUUACCUUGCAAGAUCAAAGGCAACGAUUACAUUUAA